AUGAAGCCCUUUGCCUGCAUUCUGGUGAUCCUCGCCACCAUCCUGUCCGUCGGCCACGCCUCCCUGGGCGGUCUCCUUGGCGGCGGCGGCGGUGGUGGUGGUGGUGGAGCUGGUGGCAUUGGCCAGCUGCUGCAGAGCAAACUGGGCAGUCUUGGAGGCGGUCUCGGCGGCGGUCUUGGUGGUGGUCUUGGCGGCGGCUUGGGCGGCAAGCUCGGAGGAGGCGGCGGCGGCGGUGGCGGAUACUCUGGCGGCCAGUCUGGAGGAUGGUCCUCCGGCGGUGGAUACUCCGGUGGCGGUGGAUACUCCGGUGGCGGUGGAUACUCCGGUGGAGGUGGAUACUCUGCUCCCAGGCCCGUCGAGAAGGUGGUCAUCGUGAAGGUCAUCAGUGAGGGACACUCCGGCGGCUACUCCAAUGGCGGCGGCUACACCGGUGGCUACUCCGGUGGCUACUCUGGCGCCCAGUCGGGAGGAUGGUCCUCCGGUGGCGCCCAGUCCGGUGGCUGGAACAAGGGCUGGUAA